UUAUACCUCCAGUGAAAUAUCUAUGUCAUUGUUCUCUCUGUGGCUGGACUCUCGAAGAAAUCUGUUCCAAGUGGCUUUCAGCUGUUUCAGUUGUAGACUUGAGACUGGAAUUGCCUGCGACAAUGCCAUAAUGGUUAUCUGAACGCUGUGACAAACAACGUAACUAUAGCGUACACAUUUCUUGAAGAAACGUUGAAGAAAGAAUAGCGUCAACAAUGUAUCGGGACAGAGCUAGUCCGUCCCCCUCCACCCUGCCGGGGUGCCCUGGUCACAACUCUCCUGGUAACGCCUUACUGGUGGGUCUGAAGAGGGUGUUUGUGAGGCUGGUUGACUGCAGGAAAACACCAGGGCAGAGUGGAACUGUGAGAGAAGGACACGAGGAGGAUGAGAAGGAAGAAGAUGGAGAUUUGAUUUCAUCAAGGGACCCCCCUAACCGUCAUUCUCUCAGUGGGAGGGGCUUAUCAUCUGGGGAGCCUCAACAUCAUGUUGCUGACGAGGCAAAAAAGAGUCUCUACAGAUCAGAACAACUCAGGAAACCCCAGCAGAGAGGUUUAGGGAAGAAACCUCACCACUGCUGCUCUGACUGUGGGAAGAGUUUCACUAGAAGGAGUGGCUUCAUUAUUCACCAGCGGAUUCACACCGGAGAGAAACCAUACUGCUGCUCUCAGUGUGGGAAGAGUUUCACCUGUCCAGGAGGUCUUAAGUUACACCAUAGAAUCCAUACAGGAGAGAAUCCGUACAGAUGUUCACAGUGUGGGAAGAGUUUCGCUGCUUCUAACACCUUAAAAUCUCAUCUGAGAAUACAUACAGGGGAGAAGCCUUAUCCCUGCCUUGAUUGUGGGAAAUGCUUUGCUAAUGCAGGAACCCUAACCAUACACAAGCGUGUACACACUGGAGAGAAGCCUUAUAGCUGUGAUCAGUGUGGAAAGUGCUUUUCUCUUUCAGAAAAUCUAACCAUACACCGGCGCAUACACACUGGAGAGAAACCUUAUGUUUGUUAUCAGUGUGGGAAGAGCUUCACUCAGUCAGGAGACCUGACUACACACCAGCGAACACACACUGGAGAGAAGCCUUAUAAAUGUGAUCAAUGUGGAAAGAGCUUUGCUCUCGCUUCGUCCCUGACUAGACACCAGCGAACACACACUGGAGAGAAGCCUUAUAGCUGUGAUCAGUGUGGGAAGAGCUUUGCUCGAGCUUCCAACCUGUCUACACACCAGCGAACACACACUGGAGAGACACCUCACAGCUGUGAUCAGUGUGGUAAGAGUUUUAGUCAGUCAAGAGAUCUGAUUACACACCAGCGAACACACACUGGAAAGCGGCCUUAUAGUUGUGAUCAGUGUGGGAAGAGUUUUAGUCAGUCAGGGAACCUGAUUAGACACCAGCGAAUACACACUGGACAGAGGCUUUAUAGCUGUGAUCAGUGUGGGAAGAGUUUUAGUCAGUCAGGGAACCUGACUAGACACCAGCGAACACACACUGUAGAGAACCCUUAUAUCUGUGUAUGUGGAAAGAUAUUUGUUCAUUUAGGGCCAAUGAAAAAACACCAGAAAGCACAAACGUGUCUUUCAACUCCCUCCUAUCUGACACCGGUUCCAGAUCCCUAAAUAAUGGAUCAAUAGAAAACAUCUAGUGAACAGUCAUAUCCAUAUCUCAUGCUUAAACGGUUGACUUAGUCUGAUCACCAUGGUAACCUGUUUGGAACAUAGAUGCGGUAAAGAAGUCAAUUGAACUCGAGCAAAACAAUGGAAUUGCCAUGGAAAGAAAAGGCCAUUGGGGAAUAAUCCUGAAUCUCUUCAUUGCCCCCCAGAAAAAUUAUCCUACGUUUAGACUAUUCUUUAUAUGUGUAUGUCACAAUAUAUUGAGGUACAAAUCAGAGUAUAAUGCUUGUAUGGAUGUCAACCCUAACAAUAAAUGUUACUUUCCCCAAUCAACUGCAUUAGUUAAAAAAUAAUUGACUACCACCACCGAUGUCUGUAUGCUAGCUAUGCUAACCAGCUUAUACUAACUGGAGUUAGCAUUUAGAAGUCACUUCUCAACUUUUAAAUGUUACCUGCGAAAACAGCCAAAUAUAUCCAAAUCGGACUUAAGUAACCACAUUGUGAGCCUGUUACAAUACAUACAUUCGUAAAGUAUUCAUACCCCUUGACUUCCACAUUUUGUUACAUUACAGCCUUAUUCUAAAAUGUAUUAAAUACUCCCCCCCCUAAAUCUACACACAAUACCCAAUAAUGACAAUGUGAAAAGUUUAGGAAUUUUAGCAAAUGUAUUUUAUUUUAUUUUUAUUUUUUAAAGAUGCAUACCUUAUUUACAUAAGUAUUCAGACCUGUUUCUAUGAGACUCAAAAUUGAGCUCAGGUGCAUUCUGUUUCCAUUGAGAUGUUUCUACAACUUGAUUGGAGUCUACCUGUGGUAAAUUCAGUUGAUUGGACAUGAUUAGGAAGGGCACACAACGGUCUAUAUAAGGUCCCACAGUUGGCCGUUCAUGUCAGAGCAAAAACCAAGCCAUGAGGUUGAAGGAAUUGUCUGUAGAGCGCCACGGUAGGAUUGUGUCGAGGCACAGAUCUGAGGAAGGAACCAAAACAUUUCUGCAGCAUUGAAGGUCCCCAAGGACACAGUGGCCUCCAUCAUUCUGAAAUGGAAGAUGUUUGGAACCACCAAGACUAUUCCAUUUCAGAAUAAGGCUGUAAUGGGGGGUACACAUCCUGUAGAAAAAACAAAUACCUCUGCACUGCUUUGCGAAGCGCAAGAAGAAUGAAUUCCCUGACUUCUACUGAGGUCGUAUCACCAUAAAUGCUGCAUGGCCGAUGCAGAUGUCAGAUUGACCAUAGAGCGCCCAGAUGCACAAUGUUCUUCUCUCUCCAAAACGCUCUCUCUCCUGCCAAUUUGUGCACAUUCAUUGUUUCAUAACUUCAUUGUGUGAAUUGUUUGCAUUUGAUAUCACUUCCCCAUUACAUAUCACCAGUAGUACAUUCUAACAUUAAUUCCUGUAAUUUCUAAUCUGCAAUGUUUGUUACUUUGGUUACAGUAAUUUCUGUUAAUGCAUUCAAUAUAAUUAUUCCAGUAUUAUUGUCGGAGUCGACACGUUGUUUGCAGACCGCACAACCUAUGCUGCACUUGAGAGAAACGAGUUUUGGUUGAUUUCAUUCCAUUUAUGAGUUUUGUCAUUUUAGUCAGUCUUUUGUUUGGAGCCUCCUGUCAAUGUUGAGUAAGGACCCACAUGCAUAGAAAAUGAUGUACUUUUUACUCCAUACAUUGACACCCCAAAAAACUCAUUACAUUUGGAAUGCUAAGCAGGACAGGAAAAUGGUUCAACUCAUGCACUAAUCAAGAGGUCAUCCCUAGUGCCUCUGAUUUUUUUAUUUACCUUUGUUUAACUAGGCAAGUCAGUUAAGAACUCAUUCUUAUUUUCAAUGACGGCCUAGGAACAGUGGGUUAACUGCCUUGUUCAGGGACAGAACGACAGAUUUUUACCUUGUCAGCUCAUCGAUUGGAUUUUGCAACCUUUCGGUUUCAAGUCCAACGCUCUAACCACUAGGCUACCUGGUCAGGUAGACUCACGAAACACUUAUUUCUUUGUAAAUUGUGUUGUAGUGUGCCACUGGCCAUCUGUAAAAUAAACAAUUGAGCUGUCUGGUUUA